AUGGCACUCGGCAAUUUCCGCCGUUCUCCCAAAGCCUUCUCGGCCACCGUCAGAUACGUAACCCUCGGCAAUUUCCGUCUCCUUCCGCUUCUUGCUUCGUCCAACUCCGGCAACUUCCGCUGGUGCCUGCGAUGGGGGGGGCGGGAGGAGGGAGCCCCAGUGCAAGGGAAUGUUACAGUGGCCUCACUUCGGCUUAUUCUCCGCAGGUACGUCCCUUCUCAGGCUGAUAUAGCAGUCUUUGAAGCAAUCGCUGUCCCACCUCCUGCAGACUUGUUUCAUGCUCUUCGGUGGUACAAUCAUAUUAAGUCGUAUGAAAAGCAAAAGGCAAGCUUGCCAGGAGUAAAGAAGGCUUUGGGGAAAUACGGUCCUGCUGAUGUUGAGGACACAACAGGUGCAGCCACAGAUAGCAAAGACGAUGAUGACAUCGACCUUUUUGGAUCUGAUGAUGAGGAGGAAAGUGAAGAAGCAAAGAAACUGAGGGAAGAACGUCUGGCCCAGUAUGAAUCGAAGAAGUCCAAAAAGCCAGCUGUCGUUGCCAAAUCAUCAAUCUUGCUUGAUGUGAAACCUUGGGACGAUGAGACAGACAUGGCCAAACUAGAGGAGUGUGUUCGAAGCAUUCAGGCGGACGGCUUGGUCUGGGGAUCUUCCAAGCUAGUACCGGUUGGCUAUGGUAUCAAAAAGCUUCAGAUCCAGUGCGUUGUUGAAGAUGAUAAAGUUGGAACAGAUAUGCUGGAAGAGAAAAUAACAGCUUUUGAAGAUUAUGUACAAUCAAUGGAUGUAGCUGCUUUCAAUAAGAUUUAAGUCUUGAUAUAUCUAG